AUGCUUCCAGCGUCUAAUGAUCGCAUAGCAUUGGAAAAAGAAAUUGAGCGAUGUUCAUGUAAUGUACGUUUACUUGAGAAUACAUUAUCUAGUGAAAAGGAUAGUCCUGUGACGAUCGAUGACGUUGCAAAGGAGGUGAAAACGCUGGCGGCAUUGCGCAAGGAGUUAAAGAUAUGGAAACAAAAGGACAAGACGGAAGAAAAGACACUUGAGAGAAGGAGCGAUAAAAAGAUCUUUGGUCAAGCGGAUCAUAGUGAGGUGAUGGAGCAUGUGACAAGUGGUGCUACGACAAACGAGUUAGAACUCGUUCAACGCGCUACAAGGCUAGAAGAAUUAGUAUCAAAAGCACAUAUGAAGCUAACAAUGAUUGAGACAGAGUUGGUGCAGAUGGAACGCAGUAACAAGGCUUUACGAUACUUGGUGGAGCAUGAGGAGACAAGAAAAGAUAAGGAGACUGGAGUUAUGGAAGAAAUAGAAGUGAAGGUCAAGCCCGGUCAGGUGAAAGAGGCUGACAGGACGACUGAGAAGCUGCAGACGACUGGCGGUGCACUGAAUCAGGAAAGAAGUGAGGCUGUUGCCAAGUUGACGGGGAAGCUGAAGGAACAGCGGGCCAACGCAGAGCAUGACAACCACGAUCGUCAGCAGAAGGCGGUGCAGAAACUUUUGGACGCAGAGAACAGACUGACGGAGACGAUUACAUCGAUUAGUGAGGAGGAUAACAAGAAGAUUGCGAAGUUUAAGGCAAAGCUUGAGGAAGAACGCUUUAACGUAAAGCAGACGAACCAGGAGGUGGAGUCAAAAAUGGGCAAGUCUGUUGCUAUGCGUAAAGAAAAGAAAUUGAAGCUAAAGGGCAAGCUACAGACUGUAGAAGAGGUUGCUCAAGCCACUUGCAGAGAGCUGGAAAAAACUCAAACUCGGUUGGCAAAAAUGAUAAGCGAGAAGGAGACGAGAGAAACGCAUAUUGGAAAGCUGCAGAAGAAUAUCGAGGACCUUCAGCUUGCAAACAAAAGGCUUACGAAAAAAAACGCGUCGAUUGAGGCCGAUGCAAAGGUGAUUCGUAAUGAGGCCGAAAAGGCCAAUGCUGAGCACUCGUCGCACAAGGACAAGACCAGAUCUUUGACUGCCGAAUUUGCCGCUGUUAAGACUGAGCUCAAAAUGUCCAAAAUGAAGACAGAGGAGCUUCAAGGCGAAGUUGAGAAGCUGGCAAGCGAAAAAACUGCUGCCAACUCGAAGAUUUCGAGCCUUGAGGAGCGCAUCCUGAUGCUAGAGCAGGAGCUGACGAUGGCUCAGACGAGUUCUCGCGAGGUGUCCGCCGAGCUGGAGUCUCUGCGUGCUUCGUCUCAGGACCUAAUGUCGAAGGUCGCAAGUUACGAAGAGCGUGUUCAGAUGCUUAAAACGGAGCUGGAGACAGCGACGGAUAGAGCCAAUGUCUCAUAUCUUGAGCUUGAGUCUCUUCGCACAUCGACGAAGGAUACGAUUUCGAGCCUAAAGGAGCGAAUCCAGGCUCUGACGAAGGAGCUCGAGUUGGCUAACAAGAACACUGAAGAAGUAUCUUUUGAGCUUGACGUCCUCCGUACAUCGACGCAAGAAGCUGCAUGUAUGCACAAGGAAGACAUUCAGAGGCUGACAGCUCACAUCUCUGAGCUGCAAACUGCAAGGGAGGAAGGAACAGUUGAAGAAGUUACGGCAGAGCUUGAGAAGGUAAAGAAUACUGCAAAGACUGCGCUUGCGGAUAAGGAAGAGACCGUUCGCCAGUUGCUAGAGAUGAAAGAGAUAGUGAAUCAACUAAAGCUUGAAAGCGAGAAGGCUCAAAGUCAGGCAUCAGAAAAGGAUGUACAAGUACAGAAGCUUGCUUCGGACUUGGAAUCACGUACGGUCGAGGUAAAGAAGCUGCAGAGUCAGUACGACGAGCUAGUUGCAGAGCAUUUGAAUUUGAAAGAAUGUUUGCGAGACGCGGGGAAUGUAUCAGCGAGAAAUGAAGGCUUGCUUAAAGAGACACGUCUGUCGUUACUAGAGACAAGCGAGGAGCUAAAGAGUGCUCGAGCUAGCACGCUUAAGUGGAAAAACUCGGCGGAGGCAGCCAAGACGCUAAUGAAUGCUAAGAUUGCAGACGCUGAGAGCGCUAGUAAGCAGCUCAAAAAGGCUCGUGUUGAUAUAGUUUCGGUUAACUUGGCUCGUUCGCAGCUUUUUGCGAGUCUUGAGGCCAAGGAAAAGAAGAUUGUGAAAACCAAGCAAGAGCUUGCUAAUGUUCGUGCUGAACUCGCCAAAACGUUUCGAGCCAGGGAGGCUGAACGUACACAGGUGAAGCAGGCGCACGCCGCUCAAAUAGGAAAGCUUCGCGAGGUUAUGGAGCAGUCGAUGGUGCAGCUUGACGGUCAGGUUCAGUCACAUCGCCGUCUGCUCAUGGUUCUUUUACCAAUCUUUGUUGCUGUAUUGGUUUACGUGAGCUGGAACUAA